UCAUCCCUCCUUGUGUGUCUGGGGUCUUCCUCUGGGACUCCUCCUGGUGGGUCGUGCCCGGAACAACUCACCAAAGAGCAGCCCAGGAGCCGUCCUAACCAGAUACCUGAGCCUCCUGCACUGGCUCAUCUUGGUGGACAGAAGCAGUGGCUUUUCUGAGUCCCUCCUGGGUGAAUGAGAUUAAGUAAUAAGUAAUCUAUGCUCGAUACUGGCUGCUGCCUGAUGCUGCAUUUGAACAUUCUGUUUGUGAUUGGUUGUUAUUUAUCUGGGUGAAUGCAAGAUUUGCAAGGAAUCCUAGUUGAAAGAGUUGUCUGUGAUUGGCUUGUGGUGUGGUUAAUUUACAUCGACAUGAUCAAGUUACAGCGGAGACACGGGGCCAAUUGCUGCUAGGACAGACGUUGAGUGAGCGCGUGUGAGAUGCAUACACACAUACCACAUGGUAUUAUUUAUUUACAAAGAUCAGUCUCAACUCAAACUUGUAACAGCCCGACUACAGGCUGAGUCAAAGUCACGUUUUUGGACAUCGAGCUGAAGAAGCAAAAAUAAACCCUAUGGAAAUGUUUUGGUAUUACAAAAGUCUUAUUUUUGAUGGAAUGUUGAUGGAAGAUAAUGUUAUUCAGUUCAAGCUAAAUUUAUAUUCCUUUGUUUAAACAAAGGAAUAUAAAUUUGAUGUCACCAGGAUAUGUCUGUAACCUGCAGUAUAUGAGAUGGAGAUUAGCAAAUUGCAAGAUAUUAAAUGGGACACUGUCUAAUGGAGAAGAUCCUAUUAAAAAUGCAUUUUUUUUGUGUAUUUCAGCAUUUAGAUGCUAACAUCCUCAAGACUGAAAAAUAGUACAUAUGUUACUACCUUACUGCCUACAGUGAUUUUUUUCUGUUCUCAGUUGAAGAAAGCAUGUUGCAUAGUUUAUAAUGUUACUGGAUAACUUGCACAAACUCUAUACACACACCCUAUUAUAGCAUAAAUGGUUUUGUUGAAGGUUCAAAUUUCACAUGUAUAGUUCUACCACAAGUUAAUUCAAAGAUGGUUAUCAACCUGUUAUCAGUCAUUUGGAUAUUAUCCAGCAGCUUUGCCGUCUUCCACCAGAAUGUGGGUGUAGAAACCAGCUGGUCUGUGCGUGGGAUGCCUUGUUUACUGUUUCAGUGUGCUGGCACAUAAUAGCAGUGGGAAAUUUAUUCAUGGAGGAACUGAUAGCUAAUGGCCAUUCAUCCACUACAUUUGGUGGGAUCUUUGAAGGAUCUAGAAACAUGGCUUUUAUUUAUCAAAUAUUAAAUCUAAUGUGACUCUUAAAGUCUUACACUGUUGUAGAAGAAACAGAUGUUAGAAUCCACAGCUUGGUAAUAUGUUAAACAAAUGAAAAAAAAAACACUCGAUCCCCCAGGUAAGCACUGCUUGUUUUUAUUUUAAAUAGGUUUUUUAAGCACCAGUAAGCCCACACUACAUGUGUCUUUGCUACGUUCCGCUGUACUGCGCUGCAGUACUAGUUUAUAUUGGAUGGAUUUAAAUUACAAAACUAUACUCACUUAAUGGAAUGCACCAAAUUUGCACAGUUUUAUGGCUAAUGAAACACAGCUAGUGUGGUGAAUUUGCUUAGGUGUCCAAUCAUAGAAAGCUUGGCAACUGCCCUACAGCGUUGUCACUUAUGAAUUAUUUUUCUCACUGUACAAAUAUGGACUUCAGAUUGAUGUCAGAGGAACAAACAAGUCGAUCUGGAAGAAUAUUACUGAUAUAUUUCCUUACAUGUGUGAUCCAGAUCUUCUGAGCAUCCCUCUGCUGGCAUGUUGGUAGUCAAUAAUUUGUUGACUAACUACUAUCUUUUUUUAAUGAACUUAUAAUUUUUUUGUAUUCACAGAUCAUAAUGUUCAGAAGACAGGAAUCAUACAUUCAAAUGAGUCUGAAGACUGGAUAAAUACUCCAUGUUACCUUUACUGGAUCAGUUCUGCAUAGGAAUUCCUUCCCCAAACACCUGGAUUAUUUGAUGUCACUGCUCUGAAGUUGAUAUUGUUUGCUAUGCAGCAAUUAAGAUUGAGUCAAUAAAGCAACAAUCAUGAAGCCUGCCACUUACAUCAGGUAGGCAAGUUGGCCAAACCACCUUAUGGGAAAUCCACAUAAAGAUUUGCCUUUGUUUCUGUGGCUUGGUUGAGGCAGACGCAAAUCAAGUGUCUACCUGGGGAUUUUCUUCUUGUUUAUGGAGGCCUUGCAUUGUCAGAAAACAACUGGGGAGCAGACUGGAGGUCAAGAACAACAUCAAUCAGAAUCUCUUCACCAAGGUCUGCGGUGCAAGUCUCCAUCCCAGACCUCUCAACAACAACCAACUGCUUGCCCAAAGUCUCAAUGUACAGCACUGUUGCCCAAGCUGACCAGAAGACAUAACCCUGAACGUAAACGUCUUAGGCACCAGCGUCAGAGCAUUGUCUCUGGUAGAGAGCUUGACCACAAACAAGAAGCAGCAACAGAAGAAGCUACAGUUUCCUGUUCGUUGUUAGGAGGCUUACCUUGCACUCAAGACCCUGCUAUCCAGUCUGCAUCAGAAACCCAAGAGGACAAUCCCAAACAGAAACGUGAGCGCAAACCUCAGAAACCAGGCAAAUAUGUUUGCACUUACUGUGGCCGUGCAUGUGCAAAGCCCAGUGUUCUACAGAAACACAUUCGCUCCCAUACAGGCGAAAGACCCUAUCCUUGUGCCCCUUGUGGGUUCUCUUUUAAGACAAAGAGCAACCUGUACAAACACCGCAAAUCACAUACCCACAAGGUAAAGGCAGGCUUGGCAUUUGGGGAGCCAAAAUCUUUAGAAGAGCAGGUCACUGAAUCAGAGGAUGAAACACGACACUUAUCCUCUGCUUCAGCCCUUACAAGUAGGCAAAACAGUGUGGCCUUGGAUAAGAAUCCUGACGUUGACGUGACAAAGGAUAGAACUGGACCCAGCAAUGACUCCUUUGCAGUGAAAAAGAGACUAGCCCUUCGUCUCAGUAGAGGGAAACGUUGCUCUCAAGACUCUUCUGAUGAAAAGACCUCAUCUCUCAUUUUAGGUAGCAGAGGCAGUACAGAAUCUGGCUACUUCUCCCGUUCUGAAAGUACAGAGCAACCACAAGACAGUCCCACAAACACAAGUGCCAAAAGCUAUGCGGAGAUCAUCCUUGGUAAAUAUGGACGCCUUGGACAACUACAGAGGAUGUCCCGUCAUCAUGACCAGAAUCUCCCUGGUCAUGAGGAAAAAAACAUCUCAUUCAGUGUCCCCAAGAAGCAAGUUAUUGAUCAUAUCACAAAACUCAUCACUAUCAAUGAGGCAGUGGUGGAUACCAGUAAAAUCGACAGUGUAAAACCAAGGAGAUUUUCACUGACUAGAAAGAAUAGUUCAGAGGCCCAAAAGAGUCCUAGCAUCAAAGAACCCAUUAUUCACAGCCCUAAAUCUGGAAAUAUUGGGUAUAAAACAACAGGCUCCAUCAGUAUGGGAGUUCCCUGUGAAAAAUUUCAUCAUGCAUCCCUAAAAGUGGAGCAACCUUCUUGCCAAAUAUCUACUGUUUCUAUGGUGAGAAGUCUUUCAAUGCCAUCUGCAUCAUGUUCAUUAGACACUUCAAGUACUGUUUCCUGUAAAUUUCGUCAAACUCAGUCCUUUGAUGAAAAACCUUUUGAAACUCAAACGCCACGCCGUUUUGGAACACUAAAAAGACAACCAGCCAUUGAAAUCCCUGUAGGUUCUGAGCCUACAAAAGAAGAACAAGAGAUGUUGCAUACAUUUUCCUGCAACAGUGUAACCACAGUAUCUGGACAGAGGCAACGUCAACCACAGCCGUAUGAAUGUGAGGCCUGUGGCACUGGUUGCAAGGAUUGGGAAGGUUAUAAGAAACAUAAGCAAAACCUAUGCCAUGCACAUUAUCCCCAAAAUGAAAUGGUAAUGAGUCCAAUGGAGAGCUCACAGCUAAGUAACCAUGUAGUCAGAGCUGGUGUCUCAACAAUGCGUAAGAGAAGGAAAGAGGAGAGUUUUGAUUCUGAUGACCUCUCAUUGUCGCCUUCGGCUCUCUCAUCAGAACAGUGCAAAGAUGAGGCUAUUGUAGCUGUUGAGGGCCCUAGACGGCCAGCACUGCAGACCUGCUCUGUGAUUCAGCACACAAGUUUAUUUGAAAAACAAGAAUCUUCAGGUCAUGAAUAUCGAAGCCUGAAAAUAACAAACAGCUCUCCACCUCAUAAAGAAAAUCGUCCUAUCUCUAAAACCCAACCCCAACAUCAAUCAGUUAAACCUACCAGCCGAAAGCUGGUCCGUCAAAAUAAUGUACAGGUUCCAGAAAUACUUGUAACAGAAGACUUAAAUAUUUGCCCAGAUAACUCAAAAGAGCCAAACUUGGCAGAGAAAAAAUUGGAGAAGCUUGAUGAUUUUCAUUGGCCACAGAGGAGCCCUUCGUUAGCACAGCUUCCCAUUGAAAAGCUUCCUCCAAAGAAGAAGCGCUUGCGUUUAGCUGAGGCUGCCCAGUCCUCGGGUGACUCGAGCUUUGAUUCCAUGUCUCUGCCCCGUAGCCCCAGUCAGGACAGUAGUGCAUCAUACACAUCCAGCCGCUCUACAUCAUUUGAGGAACCUAGCAGACCGGACAUGGAGAUAACAACAUCAACAGUACUAAGGAGAUCAAGAGCUCCUCACAUGUUAACUGUGCCUGGGAUCCAUCAUCAAAGAGAGAUGAGGCGCUCAGCAUCUGAGCAAGCCCCUCAUGACCCACAACCUAGUGUUGAAAUGGCCGAGACCCGUAGUAAAUCAUUUGACUAUAGUUGUCUUUCGCCUGAACGCUCUGCUGUUGGCUGGAAAGAGAGACGAAGAUGUCUCCUCAUGAGACAUGCCGUAAUACGAGAUCAAGAUGAGGAGAAAGGGCAUGCCACUGUCCUGAGCCAUAGUCCAGAAGAUGUAAGCUCUGACAAAUGUUCUCAAGGAAGUCAUACUUCUGUUUAUGGCAGCAGGUCCUCCUCUCCCCCGUUAUCAAGUGUCAGAGUCUUGGGUAUUCCAGAGGGAUCGCAGUGCAAAGAAAUUCUCACCAAGUGGAAACUCAGUCAAAAUAUUCACUUAAAAGGAAGCACAGAACUGUCAAAAAGCUACGAGCCUUCAGUAGAUGUGAUAAAGGAGGCUUCGUACAUCCAUCCAGAGCAGGUUCCUCCUCGAGUACCACAGACUAAUCCUUCAUAUGGACCCUCAGGAGCAGCCCGAGCCCACUAUCUUCCUGUGUCUACUGGGCUGAAACUAGAGAUUCCUCCACAUCAAACAUACACUGAGGGCCCCACCAGUAACUCCCACAUUCAGCAACAUGCCCCUCACAUUACAUACAGUUUAGAAGAACUGAGGCCAUUGACAUCUCCAGCAGUAGCUGUCCGUCUCCAGACAGACACUCUCACCCCAGCAUGUGCCAUAUACACUACUCUAUCUCAGUCCAUCUCCCAGAGGCCACAUGAGGCAUUCAACGAGAUCUCACCUAAAAUAUGUCUUUCAACAGCCAAACUCAGAAAUCAUCCAAACACAAGUUUAGACUUACAACCAUGGUCGGAGGAUGGCCCAAGGUGUCCAGGAUCCAGCAGCAACAAGCGUAUGCUUUCCCCUUCAAACAGUAUAGAGCUCAACCCCGAGUCACAACAGCAGCAGAAAAGAGUAAAAGAAGAAGAGGAGAAGGAGGUUGGAUGUGCCAACAUAUCAGCACUUAAUACACAGAGUCAAGAGCUCAAACAGGAAACUCUAUCGUUCUUACCAGAUGUUUCUUCUCCAGCCUCAUGUGCUGAACCCUCUUACCCCAGCCUGCUCUCCAGCACUUGUAACAGCUGGUGCUAUUUGAACUACAUAAAGCCGAAUCCAUCGACUCUGGAUGAACAGGAGCCCUCUGUGUAUUCAUCGUGGUCUACUAGUGGCUAUGACCCCAACCCACCUGGGCUCUGCAGCAAGACUGUACUCUCACUACUGCACUGUAAGCAGAGGCUCACUUCCUCCAUUUAUACUACAUCAUCCAUGACGGUCAGGAUAACCCAAUCCACGGAGAAUGAGGACUGCAAACGUCUCUGCUCUACUGAGGUCUACAGCACUGCCCCCUACUGCAUAGACCAUGAUCGGAUGGUAAAGGUUCAGCUGCCGACAGAUGACAUUGCGAAUAGCAAAACCAACGAGCAGAAAGAGAAGAAAAGACAAAAGCAGGAAGUCCAUUUAUGCUUCAGAGACAAACAGCCACUUGAAGUGCGGAUAUCUGAAAGAAGAUCCCAGACCCAGGCAGGAGUGGUGUGUGGUGAGUGUGACAGGAAGUUCCCGGGCGAGUCCAGGAAUCCCACCGCACUCCCAGAGGAAUCCCAGGCGUCUGUGUGCGAGGUGGGCAGCGGCUCGCUGGACGCUGCAGGACUUGGUGAACACCUGACACCUGGGGGAGAGGGGAGAGGUCACCAUGACGACACACCUGGAGGAGAAUCGAAGGACCAAGCAGUCGAUCGAGACCAACUCAGGGAGUCUGACCGCCAAGACGCUGCCCACGAGGAUGAUGACAGCACACAUGAUGAAGGCAGCGGGUCCACAGUAGCUGACAGUUCACACAGCAGCAGAGAAAACGCUGGAGCAGAGGGCCCCCCACCUCCCUCCAGGAAGACCCCCGCCAGCACCAGGAGGGCCCUGUUCGCCCGCAGGCGCCUCGAUGCUUCGUCCUCCGGGGCCUCCCACUCUCCACACACUCAGUCUCCAGAUCCAGGAAGGGAGCCGUCUCCACAUCGCAGCCCGUCGCCCGGCCCACACCCGUCUCCUGCGCCGACCUCGCCCCUGUCUCCGUCCUCUCGUCCCGUCUCCUCAGUUCUGAAGACAGCAGCGUCUCCAGUCCGGGGCCCGGCUGAGGGGUCCCACUCCGCCGGGCUUCCCAGCUCCCCAGCUGGUGGAUCUGCUCCGUGUCAAACCUGCCGUCCACCGAAGGAGUUACGGCCUGCUGCAGCUCUGUCGGGGGAGGAGAGCAGUCUGGUCCCCGUCAUCGGCCCUCAUCCCGCUCGGCCUCGAGGAACCAACCAACUCCUGAGCCACCUCCCGCUUCACUCCCAGCAGCCCGGCAGAACAGCCAGCUUCUUGAUCCCCAUCGGGGGGAUCCACAUGGUCCAGCCCAGGUCCACCCUCCCGCUCUACCGCCUGGUGGCCAGCCCGGCGGCCACCCGCAUCCCGACCGGAGAGCUGGCUGCCCCGCAGUACCAGGACGCCCACAAACAGACGGUGGCCAGCAGCGCUCCACGGCGCCCCCGGGCUGCAGAGCAAACAACCGCAGGAGACAAAGGCCUCCCCGUCCAGCAGCCCUCCACUUCCAGAAGCGGCACGGAGAGGCAUGUUUACACUGAAGGUCAGAACUCCUCUCAGAGGCAUCUCUGAUAGGAGGGAGACUUUUUCUUUUUUUUUUUUUUUUUAAAGGGACAGUGCAAAAAGAAGAAAAAGAAAGAAAAGAAACAGAGUCCAGGUGAUGGUGAAAUAUUCCAAAGCUCAACGAGACGAAAGCACUUGAGCACCGCUUCUGAAUGACGCUGUUAUGUAAUUAUCUGAAUAAUAUAUCUAAAUAUAUAAAUAAGCACUAUGUUAGAUAUGCAGUACGUUUUGUAAAUCUUUUUUACCCUUUCGUUUGACGUCAUCCGUGUUAAUUUAUUUAUGUGCUAUUAUGCAAAUUCUGUACGUUAUGCAACAGCAGCUGGAAUGAAUUGAGUUUUCCUGUUAGCCCCAUUGAGACAGCUCUAAUUCAACUAUUGCUAUGUUAUUGUACUGUAUUAUCAGAACAGAUAUUUAUUCACUCAGACCAGUAUUUAAAGUGCAAUUUGAUGUCAGGAUUGUGGUUUGAAGCGUCAUUCUGAAAGCUGUGACUUUUUUCUGAUUUGUCAGAUUUUUAGUUUAGUUGUUGGUGUUGUGGAGUGAGAAGCAGAGCUGGGAUCAGCCUUUCCUGUAGGAAACCAGCUUCAGCUCCAAGUAUAGGGAGAGCACUGAUCUGAUGGAGAUGUUUCAUGUACUCAGUGACUAUAGUACUGUUGGCUUUUAAUUGUCAUAAACGGAUGCGUGUGUUUUUUUUGUUGUUUUUUUGUUUUUGUUUUUUUUGCCUUUUCUAAACGAUACAAUCAUUCAUUUUCAUGUUUGCCAUUAAACGUCUCAUUUUUACAGAUUUAUAUUAAAACUGUGACA